UGGAGCCUCAAGGCCCAGAUGGGUCGAUGUGCAAGCCAAGGGCAGGGCUGAAGCUCUGCAAAUCGAAGCUCGCUGGUCUAGUUCGUGGGUGGGGACCCUCUGUCUAGAAGCAAUCCUACUACAGCUGGAAUCCAGCCAUUAGAGCCUGGGCCAGCGCGGCCACUUUAAGAGAGGGGCGGGGCCCGGCACAGGCAAGGCAGGGCCUGCCCACCAGGCUCCUUUUCCUUUUUGAUCCAUUCAAAAAUUACUCAUUGCAAAUUCCCGGACUGCUGGGAGAGGAGAAGGAAGGGGGCGGAGGACAGAGAGGCUGCUACAGGAGCAGCCCCGGGGCGUCCGGGCCCUGCAGGCUGCCGGCUGGUCCCGCAGGAGCUGCUGGCCGGCGCCGGGCUCCGGUGGCCUCACCAGGAAGCGUCUGCACAGACACCCGGGAAGCCCUGAGCGCCGCCUCCGCCGUCUGCCGAGCGCGGUUCCUCGCGGUCCUUCCCCGACCCUCGGCUCGGGCGCCCUCACCGGCGAUGGGUGGCCGCUGAGCCGAGGACUCCGCACCGAGACCCCAGCCCGCUCGGCAUGGCCGCGAGAGAGGAGCUGUACAGCAAAGUCACUCCCCGGAGGAACCGCCAGCAGCGCCCGGGCACCAUCAAGCAUGGGUCGGCGCUGGACGUGCUCCUGUCCAUGGGCUUCCCCCGAGCCCGCGCACAAAAAGCCUUGGCAUCCACAGGAGGAAGAAGUGUUCAGUCAGCAUGUGACUGGUUGGCUCUUCUCCCAUGUCGGUGACCCCUUCCUUGAUGACCCCCUGCCCAGGGAGUACGUCCUCUACCUCCGCCCCACAGGCCCCUUAGCACAGAAGCUCUCCGACUUCUGGCAGCAGUCGAAGCAGAUCUGCGGAAAGAACAAAGCCCACAACAUCUUCCCCCACAUCACCCUCUGCCAGUUCUUCAUGUGCGAAGACAGCAAGGUGGAUGCCCUGGGGGAAGCCCUGCAGACCACUGUCAGCAGAUGGAAGUGUAAGUUCUCAGCCCCUCUGCCUCUGGAGCUCUACACCUCCUCCAACUUCAUUGGCCUCUUUGUGAAGGAAGACAGUGCAGAGGUCCUCAAGAAGUUUGCUGCUGACUUUGCUGCAGAGGCUGCAUCCAAAACAGAAGUGCACGUGGAGCCUCAUAAGAAGCAGCUGCAUGUGACCCUGGCCUACCACUUCCAAGCAAGCCAUCUACCCACCCUAGAGAAACUUGCCCAGAACAUUGAUGUCAAGCUAGGGUGCGACUGGGUGGCUACCAUAUUCUCCCGGGACAUCCGAUUUGCUAACCAUGAGACAUUACAGGUGAUCUACCCCUAUACACCCCAGAAUGAUGAUGAACUGGAGCUGGUCCCUGGGGACUUCAUUUUCAUGUCUCCAAUGGAACAGACCAGCACCAGUGAGGGUUGGAUCUACGGCACCUCGCUGACCACUGGCUGCUCGGGUCUGCUGCCUGAGAACUAUAUUACCAAGGCCGACGAGUGUAGCACCUGGAUCUUUCAUGGUUCCUACUCCAUCUUAAAUACGGCAUCAUCCAGCUCGCUCACAUUUGGUGAUGGAAUAUUAGAGAGGCGGCAGUAUGAAGACCAGGGCCUGGGAGAGACGACACCCCUCACCAUCGUCUGCCAGCCCAUGCAGCCCCUGAGAGUCAACAGCCAGCCUGGACCCCAGAGGCGAUGCCUCUUUGUGUGUCGGCAUGGGGAGAGGAUGGACGUUGUGUUUGGGAAGUACUGGCUAUCCCAGUGCUUUGAUGCCAAAGGCCGUUACAUACGCACCAACCUGAACAUGCCUCAUAGCUUACCUCAGCGGAGUGGUGGUUUCCGGGAUUACGAGAAAGAUGCUCCAAUCACUGUGUUUGGGUGUAUGCAAGCAAGACUCGUGGGUGAAGCCUUAUUAGAAAGUAACACCAUUAUUGAUCACGUCUAUUGCUCUCCAUCCCUACGCUGUGUUCAGACUGCACAUAAUAUAUUGAAAGGUUUACAACAAGACAAUCACUUGAAGAUUCGGGUCGAGCCAGGCUUAUUUGAGUGGACAAAGUGGGUUGCUGGGAGCACGUUACCUGCGUGGAUACCUCCAUCAGAGUUAGCUGCAGCCAACCUGAGUGUUGAUACAACCUACAGACCUCACAUUCCAGUCAGCAAAUUAGUGAUCUCAGAAUCCUAUGAUACGUAUAUCAGUAGAAGUUUCCAAGUGACGAAAGAGAUAAUAAGUGAAUGUAAAAGUAAAGGAAAUAACAUUCUGAUUGUGGCCCACGCAUCUUCCCUUGAAGCAUGUACCUGCCAACUCCAAGGCCUGUCCCCUCAGAACUCCAAGGACUUUGUACAAAUGGUUCGAAAGAUCCCAUAUCUAGGCUUUUGUUCCUGUGAAGAAUUAGGAGAAACUGGAAUAUGGCAGCUGACAGACCCACCCAUCCUUCCCCUCACCCAUGGACCUACUGGGGGCUUCAACUGGAGAGAGACCUUGCUGCAAGAGUAAGCAACUGAGUGACGAAAAGAACCGGCCUUUGAGAGAAGAGUCCUUGGGUUUUCAGGCAUGGUGGAAAAGCCCAUACUGCAUUCCAAGUGGACACUCAGAAUCAUUAGCGUAUUUCCUUUCGUACUUAGGGUUCUGACGGUGAGACUGUGUCUGUGAGAGAAAGGCAUGAUUCACGGGGAAAAAAUUCUUUUUUCUCUGGACUUGCCUAGCCAACAAGGUUUUGGAGAACUGUCUUCCUAAACUGGGGCACCUGCUGCAGCAGAGACUGUCACUCAUCUUCUGGCUAUGCAUGGCUAAAGAGCCUUACUUUUCCCCUGGGAACUGCCCCACCCCGCUCUCUUUUCAGAGGCAUGCAAGGGGAAGAUCUGGGUCCAGAAUCCAACUGGGGAUGGGAUAUUCUUUUGUAAUCCAUUUGAGAGUCAGGCAAAGCCAAGCUGAGGAGUGCUUUGAUGGUGAUUAGAACCCAGGCCCUGCAGAGAAUAGUCCUUAGGUCACACAGCAGAUUCCAUCCUCAGUAGACUGCAUACACCAGUAUCCAAGGCACCUGCUUAAGGACCCCAUGUUGGUGGACCCUGGUACCACCACACUGUCUCUAGAGCAGCUGGUCCUUCUUGCUUCUAUCUGUGAAAUGGGGAGAAAGGCACUUUUGCUCUCCAAAGUACUCUUAGAAGCUAAGAUAAAUGUGUGACUCAUUGAAUGAGAGGGGCAUGGCACUUGCCAAAUAGUAAGCAAAUUGAAAUGACCCCUCCGCCUCGAAAUCACCAAGUCUGCCUGAAUCAACAAGAUUUGCUUGUCUUUUCCCCUAGACUCUAGACUGUGGUAAGUAGUUUAGCAGGUUGACAUCUUGGAAGGAUGUAUGUUCAAUACAGUAUUUGAAUUAGUAAGAAGCUCAUUGUGUGCAAUACAUUUUUAUAAACUAUACCAAGGGUUGGGUUGUUGUACACACACAGUACAUGCUAGCCAGAACAGAAGGUCCACAGAUGCACCAGAGCUGUCUAAUGAAGUCAGGGAAUUAACUUGAAUGAUAACAGUCACAACUGCACUGCUACUUUCUCUGUCCUCUUUUUGUUUGCUUUUCUAUGAUAAUUUAAAAUAGACAGGAGGUAGGGCUACUUGAGGGACAUUGGAGAGCCAUAUCCUAUCUGUGGAUUCUCAUCACACCUGCUUCCUUGUAUUUAGAGGGAGAUUAUUUAAGACAAGAAUAAAUGACAAUCAAACCAAAACAUUACUCAUCAAUGUCUGUUUAAUUGUGUGAAUAGCUGUUAGGGUCACAGACAAUGGUCUGAUAUGCUAUAGUUCAUUUUGUAAUGUGUGUGUGUGCAAAGGGAAACCCCAGCCAUUUAUAGGGAACAUUGGUAUAAAACAAAUCUGUAUGUGUUAUAGCAACAUUCUUUUAAAACACAGAUAUGUAAAAUAUGUGCCAACAUGGCAAUCAUCUAGGAGGAAAAUACCUCCAUUAAAAGUCUUAGAAGUCAUAUUACAGUCAACAUAAUGUCAUUCUUCUGGUAUUUGUAAUGAGGCAAACAUACCUUUCACUCACAUUAAGAUUCAUCAUGAACUUCCAUGGACUUUGAGUGCUCAGAAUAUGUCCCGCAAACUUCUCAUCAGAUUUCCUGGAAACUGUAGAGAAACAUCACAGUGUCUGUACUUUUUCAAAAUCAAGUUCACACUAGGUUUUCCUCCCCCUCUCUCUCAGUUGUCUUAGUCCUCUGGUGUCCUAGUAAAUAAAUCUGUUUGAUUAAGCCACAUUCCACUGUCCUUAGCCCAAUAUGGACAGAGUCCUGGGCAAUUGUCUACAGAGCCAAAGAUGAUAGAAAUCUGAACUAAAGUUUCUGAAUAAUUUAGGUGGAAAACUAAGUACAGAAAAAGUUUAAUCCCCUGCUUUAAUUAUUCAAAUUGCUUAUCAGAAUGGCUGGGUGAUCCAAAUUCACAUUAAAAUUUCAUUGCAUGCUUGCCUACUUAAAAAAUUAAACAUGGAUUUCAUCUGAGCAAUCCUUUGGAAAUCUCAUUGAAUGUAUGUAUAGUAAAAGAGAACUAUAUCAUCCAAUUGCAUAUUCACACAAAAAUUCUUUGUGAUCUUAGAUCCUGAGUAGAUACUAGUUCUUUUUGAUCUGAGGCUUAUUUACACUUAUUAAUUCAAACGAUUUGGGAGAGGAGGGAGGGAGGGAGCGAGGGAGGGAGGGGGGAGGAAAGGAAGGGCCAGAAAAGAAUAAUCAAAUGAUUUCUUUUACAACAUAUUUUUAAUUGUCGAAGCCACCUGAAAUAAACCAGGGGAUGAAAUUAGGGAAGGGGUUUAAUCUGGGAUUACAAGUUUAAACAUCUUCUGGCUUCAACACAUGUGUGCAUGCCCCAUUAUUAUUCAGAGGUAGGACUUUGUUCCUGUGAUUUUAAAGUACCACAUCUAUUGUGGCAUGCACUAGAAUAACUGGCACGUUUUGAUACACACACUGGGAUGUCCUUUUCCCAGGCUCUCCUGUCUAUCGCUUCACCCCAAUGGGUGGGAUCCCUUUACAUUCAGAUUCAUCUAAUCUGAAUGGCUGAUUAAGUGGCCAUCUGAUGGCUGAAAGAGCAGGGUGUUUUUCACCCUGGAGUGAAAGGCUUGGAAGACUUUCUACUUUUUAUCUUAAUUAUACUUUGACCAAAGAAUUAUUUUAAAGUAACCUUAUAUUUGAAAGAUGAUUUUGCAAAAAAAAAAAAGAAAAAAGAAAAGAAAAAAAUAUAUACUUUCUGGAACGGUAUGGGUUUGGUAACCAUUCUGCGUGUUUUGUUUGGGGUGCUUAUAGAUCGUCUUCCUGCCAUGAGUAGGAUUGCCAUGGAUGUAUCUUUUCCACUCAACUAGCUGUAUUCGUAUGAAAAUGAAGUCUCUUAUUUCAAUUACUUAGUGCCAUGGGGAGCUCACUAAACAGCUACAGGAAGAGACAGUCCUAUCUCAUUGCUUUUGUAGAAAGGCUUCCCUGUGUGCUCAAAGGAAGGCAUUCCUCUGCAACCUAGGCACCGGGCGACACCAGUGUUUAAUUUAAAAGCAGCGAUGAAUUGCUCUUUUGAAUUCACUCCCAGUAUAUUCAUGUGUUAGAAUACAGAUGAGCCUCCGAUUAAUUUUCACAGGCAUCAGCACAGUCAAGUGUACUGAAUCUGCACAAAGUUAGAUAAUGAGGCUCCAGGAGAUUUGCAUUUAAAUUGUAAUCCGGCACACGUGUGAGGCGGGGACAAGAAGCGAUGUAGUCUGACAGGGUUGUGCUGUUAGAGGGAUAAGACUAGGAAGAAGGGCGGGGAAAGACUGACAACAUCUAUUUAGAUGAAUGUUCAUAUUACAAAGGUGAUGGGAGAUGUUUUGUUAAGUGAAGGCAGGUGCUUCUCAUCUUUAAACAUAGGAUUAAAGUUGGAUUUGCUUUUGUAACACUUCAACAUUGACUUCUCCUGGGAAAGUGACAAGUUAUAAUACAGAUUCAUAGGCAAGGAGGUGGGGGGAUUGCCUCUCAAUUGCAGAAGAAAUAACUUGACUGUUAAAUGCAUAAAUGCAUAGGCUUGUUGUAUGUAGGCUUAAAAUUAGUGAUAAAUAGUCAAACUUAAUAUAUAGUCAGUGCUUACAAAUAUUUUACCUGAUACUCCUUAGCUGCCAUUAUUCACAGAAAUUUUGCAGCUGUUCAACUCUUUGUGGACUCUGUGUGGGAUACAUAUGUAUUGGGAAAAAUGUGUACUGUUCUAUGGUUGCCACUAAGAUGGGAACAGCAUCCCAAAGCCUUUGAGUUAUGCAAUAGACCAUUCCAAACCUGCUAUUUUGAGAAGGUGUAUUUAUUUCUUUCUCAUUUAUGAGACUAUUGUAUCAUUUUUUUUCUAUGUGAUUCGAGUGUAUUUAUUUGGGAAAAAGUUUGUAAUUAUAAAAAAAGAAAGACCACACCUAACCAUAUUGCCAGAUUCCUUGUAUGCUACCGUGGCAUCUGCUUCCCUGGCUGAGAGCUACUCUUCCCGAUACAGCUAUAGCAUCAUUGUAAUUAGUUCACUCCAUUCCAGGGGCAUCUCUGUUGAAAUGGUUUGUAGAUGAUUUAAUAAAAAAGAAACUGUCCUCAGUGGAUCCAGAGCACAUUAA